AUGUACCGCUUCGCCGACCUCACUCACGAGCAAAAGCUCCAGCGACGGGAACUGCUGGACUGGUAUGGCUUCGUGGCACAGCUUUCCGUGCUCGUACCUCUAGCUGCAACUCAGGUCUACAUUAUCUUGUCUCUCCUUCGACGCAAAUGGAGUCAGAGAGACAGCACCCAGGUUCCCUCAUCGCCAUACGCCAAAGCCCAGCAAUUAGAACAGCAGUUCAAUGUUUCCGGCCUGGCAGCGACAUGGCGGAAAUUCUCCUGGUGGUGUGGUGAUGCUGUGAGCAUCUCGGGAGUCUAUUUGGGCACCAGAGGAGAAGUCAUCGGUGCUGGAAUCUGGACGCUAUGGCUGCUUCUAUUGUCGUUUCUGGAUACCGGGGACGGUGAGUCUGCAUUGUAGCUCAAACUUCUGGUAUAGCGAGACUAAACGUGAUCAGACUACCUCCAUCUGACCAAAAGAUUCGGCAUCGUGGGAGCGUCUCAACUCCCAUUCCACUAUCUGCUCUCACUCAAAUCUCCCUAUUCGCCACUUCAGCUGCUCACCCGCCGGUCUCACGAGUCCCUAAUAUCGAUCCAUCAACUCUUGGGCCGGAUCGUUACGUUCUUCUUCUACACACACGUGGUGCUAUACAUCAACUUCUACAUCCAGUCGAAUCUCCUGCUCUCCAAGAUCACCCAGGCGUACAUCAUCUGCGGCAUCCUCGGAACCAUUUCUUUCACGGCGAUAGGUACCACGGCCCUUAAGCCAGUACGAGAUUGGAGUUACCGUGUCUUCUAUAUCGCGCACGUCGCUCUAGCAACGGCUGUACUUCCGUUGCUGUACUUCCACGUCCAUCAUAUCCGCGUAUACAUCUACGAGACGCUGCUGGUAUACGCGAUAACAGUGGUGUUGCGAAUCUUCACCACCAAGACCUACACGGGCACAGUAAAGACUAUCGAAGGAGACUCGCUCGUCGAGAUCAGCAUCCCAAUCCGUGGCGACGGAAAACGUGGCGGACCUGCUGCCUGGCAACCAGGCCAACACGCCUAUCUUUCUCUGGCUGGACACCCACUGCUUCGUACGUUUCGAAGCAACCCUUUCACAGUCGCCUCUUUGCCUUUAGUCGACGGGCAACUGCGCUUCGUCGCCAAGAUCCUAGACGGGAAUACGGCCAGGAUGGCGCGAACCCAUAAUCCGUCUCAAAGACUAUCGAUCGAAGGACCAUACGGUCUCGCUACUCAUGCGGAGACACUACUCCAUUACGAUCGAGUUUUAUUCGUCGCUGGAGGCGUCGGAGCGACGUUCAUUGUGCCACUCUAUCGACAACUGCUGGACGACUUGAGCCCAAGCACAGGCAGCCAGCGACGACAGAGAGUCAACUUCCUAUGGGUGGCUCGGUCCACGGUAGAGGUGUCUUGGGCGAUCCCGUCAGAUCCUAAAGCAAAGGAAGGCUUUGCUGAAAGGCUGCGUGUCUACCUCACCAAAGAUACGAACGGCGUGUCAUCAGAUGCGGCGGCCGAUAUCACGAUUGGAGAAGAUGAGCAAGAAGCAGGUCAUCCUGGCGAAGGUAUACAUGGGAUCGAACUGGAGGAGCAGAAGAAGCUCCUGUCCGCGGAGAAUCCAGAGGACAAGGGAGAAUUUGGCCUAUCCACGCACGCAGGCAGACCGGACUUGGCUCGGGCAGUAGAGCAGACGUUCAUCCACAGUAGCACGGAACGUGUUGCGAUAUUAGUCUGUGGGCCGCGAAGCUUGAGCCAAGAGCUUCGACAAGAGGUGGGCAGGUGGGUUCGCAGAGGACGCGACGUGCUGUUCUGGGAAGAACAUUUCAACCUGUAG